AUGCCUUCUCUUCUAACAGAGGACGCCCUCACCACCUCCACCGCGAAGAUCAGCUGCACCACCAGCUGCACCACCAGGUCGUUGUUUGCUCUGGCCUUGCACGCACUGAACCUAUGCGUGUUCCUCGUCGUGGUCGUCGCGCUCCUCCUCCUCUCCCCCGCGGCCGUCGUGAUCCUCCUCCCCGUCGCGUGCAUGGCUGCGUCAAUCUGCCUCCUCUGCGCGACCACAGGCGGCGUGCGCGAACGCAAGAAGCAGGACUGUGUCGAGGUCGACCGCGCCGAGGCGCCUGCUGGCGGCUUCAGCGACGGCGGCGGCGCUUCCUCUGCGGAAGAGGAGCAUGGGGAGCAAGAACAGGGCCGGUCUUCUUUCAGUUUCAGUCCCUUUGACGAAGAGCUCAGCGAUUCUUGGGGUGAUGAUGAGCAGCAGGGUCGGUUUUUCUUCGUGGACACAAGCAGCUACUGCAGAACCUUUUAUGAUCUACUGGCUUUCUGGAGAAGUAUGGAGAGACAGGCGACUCGAGGCGAUAGAAAUGCUCAGUAUAUAAGAUGA